GCUCCAACUCCAUUCUCAGGCAAUCCGCUCUCCUGCGAAGCUCAAAGGUGCGAAACAAUGUACGCCGUAGUUUUGCUGGUCUGCUUUCUCAUAGCUGCGUACAUCUUCCAUGAGACGGUGGUGAAGGGGAAGAGUUGCACCAGCAAAGCAAAGUUGCAUGGCAAAACCGUGAUAGUGACUGGCAGCAACACCGGCAUAGGGAAGACCACGGCCAUAGAGCUGGCAAAAAGAGGAGCCAGAGUGAUCCUGGCCUGUCGCAGCAAGCAGAGAGGAGAAGCUGCUCUGCAGGAUGUCAAGAGGGAGAGCGGCAGUAAUCAGGUGGUGUUCAUGCAGCUGGACCUGGCUAGUCUGAAGUCAGUCCGCAGCUUUGCAGAGAACUUCCUGAAGACAGAACCCAGACUGGACAUCCUGAUCAACAACGCGGGUCUGUUCAUAUUUGGUCGAACUGAGGACGGGUUCGGGAUGACGUUCGGCGUCAAUCAUCUCGGUCAUUUCCUGCUGACCAACCUGUUGCUGGACCGACUGAAGGAGUGCGGACCGAGCAGGGUGGUGAAUGUGUCGUCUGGCGCGCACAACUGUGGAACAAUAGAUUUUGACUGCUUGAACACUCACAAAGAUCUAAGGACUGGGACAUCAUUUGUGUCCGGCCAAAGGGUUUAUGCAGACAGUAAGCUGUGCAACGUUCUCUUCACAUACGAGCUUGCCAAGAGACUGAAGGGGACCACGGUCACCUGCUACUCCCUCCAUCCAGGAGUCAUCAAGACCGACAUCAUCAGGAACACGAGCCCCGUUUUUCAACUGGUCGUGUUGAACAUUUUACGAUUUUUCAUGAAGACCCCUCUCCAGGGAAGCCAGACCACGCUGCACUGCGCCCUGCAUGAGGGCAUCGAACACCUCAGCGGGCGCCACUUCUCCAACUGCACCGUCAGAGACGUCCUGGCCAAGGCCAGGGAUCCGAUCACGGCGAAGAAGCUGUGGGAGAUCAGCGAGAGAUUCUGUGACCUCUGAAGAGCGUUUGACGAGAGCAGUUUGUUUUGGACAAGAGACUCUCAAGAUGUUCACUUCAAUUUGUUUGCAAAAAUAGAAACCGAGACCAAAGUUGACACUUUGAUGUGACUUUUCUUUAACUCUUCAGACAUUGUAAAAAGUGGAAGGGAAUUAACUUAAUUUAAAUAUUACAUAACUUAUGAUCCAUAUGUGGAAUUUUAAUUAGAGUGUAAAUAAAGAGCAUUUAAAUAAAGCUGAGAGCAUUGAAUAAAGCAUAGAAAUGUUCCUACUGGAGGAAAACUAAGGAUGUUUCUGUUGCAUCCUGUGUUUGAUCAGUGAUCAGGUCAGAUCUGGUUCUCCUUACAUCCACCAAAGGAAGGUCAAUGAAGCUUGUGCUGCUAAGUAACUGGCUGGGCUUUGCUUGGGUGAAGUUCUUGAAGCGGCUCAUUUUUCACACGCCAUAAAACAUGAACUUAUUGCCAAAGACCAGCUGGUGCUGUUUUUAGAAGCAGUAGAAACCCAAAUGGAAGUACCUAAAUGUGCAAAAUGUGAAUCUUGCAUAAUCUGGCCACUUAAAAUUGAAUGAAGCUGAACUUUACCACACAUAUCAUUAUGAAUGUUUGAUCUGUCAACACCAGUUGGGCAGGCCAGCCCAACUCUUAAGAAU